ACUCUAUGUCUACUCAGGGUACAUGCCUACCGCAACAUUUUCCAACUUGCAGCGUGUGAGAGAGUUGUCUGUAGCGGUCGGAGUUUUAAAGAAGAAGACUAUCCAGCAAAUGAGUGUCCGGACACCUCAUCCCCCUACCCAGCUGAGAUCCAGUCCGACAGACUCCUUGGCUGUCUUCUGACUCGGGCACAGAGUCCACCACGAUGGUGCUGUCCUCGCCACACUCCUCCAGGCUGAAGUAUCUGUCUCUGGGGGUGCUGGUGUUGCAGACCACCUCCCUGGUGCUCACCAUGCGCUACUCCCGCACCCUGAAGGAAGAUGGACCCCGCUACCUGGCCUCAUCCGCUGUGGUGUCGGCCGAGGUGCUCAAGAUCUUCGCCUGCACCCUCCUCGUCUUCAUUGAGAACAAUUUCAGUGUGCAACUGCUCAAGGAGGAGAUUGUGAACAAGCCCGUGGAGACCAUGAAGUUGGCUAUUCCAGCAGUGAUCUACACACUGCAGAACAAUCUGCUCUAUGUUGCCUUAUCCAACCUGGACGCAGCCACCUAUCAGGUCACGUACCAGUUAAAGAUCCUCACCACAGCACUGUUUUCUGUCUCCAUGCUGGGGAAGAGGUUGGGCAUCUACCAGUGGCUCUCACUGCUCUUCCUCAUGGCCGGAGUCACUCUAGUGCAGUGGCCCACAGAGUCUGAAGGUGACUCUGAGCAGAAGAUCUUGUCUGCAAGCUCUCAGUUUGUUGGACUGAUGGCUGUGCUGAUGGCCUGUGUGUCCAGUGGCUUUGCUGGAGUUUACUUUGAGAAAAUCCUCAAGGAGACUAAACAGAGUGUGUGGGUCCGUAACAUACAACUGGGUUUGUUUGGCUUUGUGUUUGGCUUUGUAGGAAUGAUAGUGUAUGAUGGCCAGAGGGUCAGACAGUCGGGAAUGUUUCAGGGCUACAACACAAUCACCUGCACAGUUGUUGCCUUACAGGCUCUGGGCGGCUUGGUCAUAGCAGUAGUCAUUAAAUAUGCAGACAACAUCCUCAAAGGAUUCGCUACCUCUCUGUCCAUCAUCGUGUCCACACUCAUUUCAUAUUACCUGUUGGAGGACUUUAACCCUACAGGUGUAUUCUUCCUAGGGGCAGUGCUGGUUAUUGCUGCCACAUUUCUCUACAGCAAUGAGCGCAAACCUGCCAGUAGCAGCGCCAUCAAAGUAUAAACAGAGACCUCUGUGAAUCGGGCUCCCUGACAGAAGUGAUGACAGGCAAUCAACAUAGACCGAGCAAGACUCUAUGAACUUUGGCAGUGAGUUUGGCAUGCGGAAAUUAGAAAUGCGGGAAAUUUGGAUGUGAUUUAAUCUGUUA